AACAGUGUGCUCAUGAUUGGUGAUAAAAGGGAAACAAAGACUUAACCCCUUUCAGAUUGAAUUGGCCCCGAAACUAAGUCUCACAGCAAGAAGAAAAGAGAUGGAAGAGAUAGCACACAGAACAGUGGAAGUGAAUGGAAUAAAAAUGCAUAUCGCAGAGAAAGGAGAAGGUCCAGUGGUGUUGUUCCUCCAUGGCUUCCCUGAGCUCUGGUACUCAUGGCGCCACCAGAUUCUGGCUCUCAGUUCCCAAGGAUACCACGCUGUUGCACCAGAUCUACGUGGCUACGGUGACACAGAGGCACCGGCUUCAAUCAGCAGCUACACAUGCUUUCACAUAGUGGGCGAUCUGGUUGCGCUUAUAGACUCUCUGGGUGUGGACCAAGUGUUCCUUGUGGCUCAUGACUGGGGAGCCAUCAUAGGUUGGUAUCUCUGCAUGUUUCGCCCUGAAAAAAUUAAGGCCUAUGUCUGCCUCAGUGUCCCUUUUCUUCGCAGACACCCCAACGUCAGAACCGUCGAUGGCAUGCGAGCUGUGUAUGGAGACGACUACUACAUCUGCAGAUUUCAGAAACCAGACGAAAUGGAGGCUCAGAUGGCUGAAGUUGGGACUGAGUAUGUGUUGAAAAACAUCCUCACAACUCGAAAACCUGGUCCUCCAAUCUUUCCGAAGGGAGAGUAUGGAAGUGGGUUCAAUCCAGAUAUGACUGACUCGUUACCCUCUUGGCUCCCAGAAGAUGAUCUUGCCUAUUAUGUUUCCAAAUAUCAGAAAACGGGCUUCACAGGACCCUUGAACUAUUACAGAAAUAUGAACUUAAACUGGGAGCUGACAGCACCAUGGAGUGGGGUGAAAGUGCAAGUGCCAGUAAAGUUCAUCACAGGUGAGUUUGACAUGGUAUACACCUCACGAAACGUCAAGGAAUAUAUACAUGGUGGAGGUUUCAAACAAGAUGUGCCAAAUUUAGAAGAAGUGAUUGUGCAGAAAGAUGUAGCUCACUUCAACAAUCAAGAAUCAGCAGAAGAAAUUGGUAAUUACAUAUACGAGUUUAUCAAGAAGUUCUAAUCUAAUUCAAAAACGACUUCAAAAUUGUUGAAAUUGCUGUGUUUUUUAUUUUAUGACUAGUUAUGUACUGAGGAACACAGGUUACUUUUAAUUAUGCAGGACAUAUUGCAUAAAUAAGAAAAUUCAUCUUAAGAAAAGCUAAUUCUUUCCUUACAUUUGUUGUGCUCUGUGGAGUUCUGUAGUUCUUGAACAGUGUGUCUGUGAAUUAGUCGUACGUGCAUAAUACUAAGGUCCUGAUUGUAAUGAGAUUACUGAUCAUAAACAAGGCCCAUUGAUUAUAAAGUGAACAAGCUUGAGAACUAUUUUUUAAA